CUGGUUGUUGUUUCCCCGGGUUAGGAGGAAGAAGUUGUCCACCUCGCUCUGUCGGAGGGUUGGGAACACAGAGAGAGGACAACAGACUCUAUCGCGGCAGCUUCACUUUAUGCUGUGACCAGAGGACGAUCUGUAAAAUUGUAUGGAAAGAGAGUAGUGUGGGCUUGAAGAGAAGGCAGGAGGGAUAUAACCUACCCAUCACCUUGUAGCACAACGCCGUGUGAGCGGCAACAUUGCAACUCCUCAAGCCAGCGUGCAACACCGCUGCACUGGAUUGUGUUGGGAGCAAACAAGGGAAUGACAUAAACAUACAGAGAUGGUUUGCUACCCGCGGGGACCUUCAGAGACACUACUGCUGCUGUGAACUUUUCUGUCCUAAAACUGUACAGACGAGAAGGGGGAUUACGGAAAGUGCUUCUUCUUCUUCUUAUCAGAAAAGGGAUUAAUUAUGCCAGACCAAAUCACAGUUUCAGAGUUUGUGGCAGAGACGAAUGAAGAUUAUAAAUCGCCGACUGCCUCUAACUUCACCACAAGGAUGUCCCACUGCAGGAAUACAGUGACUGCCCUGGAAGAGGCUCUGGACGUGGACCGCAGUGUUCUGUACAAGAUGAAGAAGUCUGUGAAGGCCAUCUACACGUCAGGUCUAGCCCAUGUAGAGAACGAGGAGCAGUACACUCAGGCCCUGGAGAGGUUUGGAGAAAACUGCGUGUACAGAGAUGAUCCUGAUCUGGGUUCAGCUUUCCUCAAGUUCUCCGUCUUCACCAAGGAGCUCACUGCGCUCUUCAAAAACCUGUUUCAAAAUAUGAACAACAUCAUCACCUUUCCUCUGGACAGCCUGCUGAAAGGAGACCUGAAGGGAGUCAAAGGGGAUCUGAAAAAGCCUUUUGACAAAGCCUGGAAGGACUACGAAACUAAAGUCACCAAGAUAGAGAAGGAGAAGAAAGAGCAUGCAAGGCAGCACGGGAUGAUCAGGACAGAAAUUAGUGGGGCGGAAAUCGCUGAAGAGAUGGAGAAGGAGAGGAGAUUCUUCCAGCUGCAGAUGUGUGAGUAUCUCCUCAAAGUCAAUGAGAUCAAAAUCAAGAAGGGGGUGGACCUGCUGCAGAACCUCAUCAAGUACUUCCACGCACAGUGCAAUUUCUUUCAGGACGGGCUGAAAGCCGUGGACAAUCUGAAACCUUCCAUAGAAAAACUGGCCACAGAUCUGCACACGAUAAAGCAGGUGCAGGAUGAGGAGAGGAAACAGCUGACUCAGUUACGAGAUGUCCUCAAGUCAGCGCUACAGGUGGAGCAGAAGGAGGAUUCCCAGGUGCGGCAGAGCACCACCUACAGUCUGCACCAGCCACAGGGUAACAAGGAGCACGGCACAGAGCGCAGCGGCUGCCUGUACAAGAAAAGUGACGGGUUGAGGAAAGUGUGGCAGAAGAGAAAGUGCACAGCGAAGAACGGAUACCUCACUAUCUCACAUGGAACGGCUAACCGGCCGCCAGCUAAACUCAACCUGCUCACCUGCCAGGUGAAACACAACCCUGAAGAGAAGAGAAGCUUUGACCUCAUAUCCCAUGACAGAACGUAUCACUUUCAGGCUGAGGACGACCAGGACUGUCAGAUCUGGAUCUCAGUGCUACAGAACAGUAAGGAGGAGGCGUUGAAUCAGGCCUUUAAAGGGGACCAACAUGUCGGCGAGAACAACAUCGUGCAGGAGCUGACCAAGGCGAUCCUGGGAGAGGUCAAGAGGAUGACAGGAAAUGACGUGUGCUGUGAUUGCGGAGCGCCCAACCCGACGUGGCUGUCCACCAACCUGGGCAUCCUUACCUGUAUUGAAUGUUCGGGGAUACACAGGGAGCUGGGAGUCCACUACUCCAGGAUCCAGUCCCUCACUCUGGACGUACUCAGCACCUCAGAGCUCUUGCUGGCCAAGAAUGUGGGGAACGCAGGCUUUAAUGAAAUCAUGGAGGCUUGUUUAAGUGCUGAAAAUGUGAAACCCAACCCAGCCAGUGACAUGCAGGCGAGGAAAGACUUCAUCACAGCCAAAUACACAGAGAAACGUUUCGCUAGGAAGAAGUGUCCUGAUGCAACAUCGCGGCUCCACACGUUGUGCGAUGCAGUGAAGGCCCGGGACAUCUUCUCCCUCAUUCAGGUCUACGCCGAGGGAGUCGACCUCAUGGAGCCCAUACCUCUAGCCAACGGACACGAACAAGGAGAGACAGCCCUUCAUCUUGCAGUCAGACUGGUGGAUAGAACGUCUCUUCACAUAGUUGACUUCCUCACGCAGAACAGUUUGAAUUUGGAUAAACAGACGGCCAAAGGCAGCACAGCGCUGCACUACUGCUGCCUGACCGACAACAGCGAGUGUCUGAAGCUGCUGCUGCGGGGGAAGGCCUCCAUAGAGAUUGCUAAUGAGGCCGGCGAGACACCGCUGGAUAUCGCUCGGAGGCUGAAGCAUCUACAGUGUGAGGAGCUGUUGAAUCAAGCGCUGGCAGGGAAGUUCAACGGCCACGCCCAUGUUGAAUAUGAAUGGUGUCUGCAGCAUGAAGACUUGGAUGAAAGUGACGAAGAUCUGGAUGAGAAGCCCAGCCCUCAUCGCAGGGACGAGCGUCCGGUCAGCUGUUACACCCCAAGCAGUAACUCCCACCUCCAGAGCAGUCUGGGCUCUGCAGGCCGCGAUGCCACCAGCCUCGCCAAGGACAAGCAGCGUACCUUCAUUCCCAACAUGGUCAACAACGAGACCUAUGGCACCAUCCUCAACGCCAACCCACCUCAGCCUGCCACCACCUCUGCUCCGCCCUUGCCCCCAAGGAACCUGGGCCAGUUACCCGGUCUGGGGGGCAUCGGUCAGUCUUCAGUGUCCAGUAGCUGGAAGCCCGGUUCUUUAGACCUGGUUGGCCGCCAGCGGUCAUCCUCAGACCCCCCCAACAUGCACCCUCCUGUCCCCCCAAUGAGACUCACUUCAACUGGAGGUCUGGGUCCUCCUGUGGCGAAGAUGGACGCCAUGAGCGGACAGUCCAAGUCAGGCCAGGGACCACUGGGGUCCAGAGCAGUGCCACCUAAAUCUCCUGCAGGCAAUGAUAAAAGUUUCAACAGAGGACCUCUAAAUCGAACACAAUCUAUCGAGAGACCAGCUAAGGAAGUGCCAGGAUGCUCCCAGAACUCCAUAGGUCAGUCUCUGCCUCCAGCCCCCGUGCCGAGAAAGGCCUACCCAAAGCAGCGACCGAAGCGAGUGAAAGCCAUCUACAACUGCAUCGCCGACAACCCAGAUGAGCUGACCUUCUCUGAGGGUGAGGUGAUCGUGGUGGAUGGAGAGGAGGACCAGGAGUGGUGGCUGGGCCACAUCGAAGGCGAUCCGAUGAGAAGAGGAGCCUUCCCUGUUACAUUUGUACACUUCAUUGUUGACUGACCGGCCGCUGUCUGGGUCUCAGGGAGCCUCACAGUACGCAGCUUCCCCUCCUUCACCCGUCUCUGUCCAUCUGACCUCCACCACCGUCCCGGUGUUUGUGGUCAUCAUUACCAUCAUCAUCUUUGCUGGCAUCACCGGCGACCUUGUUUAAGUGUCACUGCUGUAUCAUCGACCCGGCUGCAACUUUGCGCGGGUGUCAUCAUGGCAGCUGUGAUAGACUUGCGCCACAGAGUCUCGGUAUCGCUCCCUGUGAAGACUAAUGUGACUGUCUGUUGUGUGUUUUAAUGCUUGCUGUUAAUGUUUCCGACAAAGACUCUUUAGAUUUAAAAACGAUGAUUGUAGUGAAUGACCUCUGGCAAUAAAUGCACUUUCCUUGUCUUUA